GCGCGCCAUUUUCUAAACAACAAAGUGUAUUUAAGUGAUCAAAAAUGUCUGAAUCUGCAGUUGCAACGGCCGCGUCCCCAGUGGCUGCCCCACCAGCGCCAGUUGAGAAGAAGGUGGCUGCCAAAAAGGCAUCUGGAUCCGCUGGCACAAAGGCAAAGAAGCCCACUGCACCGCCAUCGCACCCGCCAACUCAGCAAAUGGUGGACGCUUCCAUUAAGAAUUUGAAGGAACGUGGCGGCUCAUCGCUUCUGGCAAUCAAGAAAUAUAUCACAGCCACCUACAAAUGCGAUGCCCAGAAAUUGGCUCCAUUCAUUAAGAAGUAUUUGAAAUCUGCCGUCGUCAAUGGGAAACUGAUCCAAACAAAGGGAAAGGGCGCGUCUGGUUCAUUUAAACUGUCGGCGUCUGCCGCGAAGGAUCCCAAGCCAAAGGUUGCGUCUGCUGAGAAGAAAGUCAAAAGCAGGAAGGUAGCCGUUAAGAAGACCGGAGCCACCGCCAAGAAGGCUGCCGACAAAAAGCCCAAGAUCAAGAAGGCUGUGGCCACCAAAAAGACCGCCGAGAAAAAGAAAACCGAGAAGGCAAGGGCCAAGGAUGCUAAGAAAACUGGAACCGUGAAGGCAAAGCCAGCAGCACCAAAGACCAAGUCGACCGCAGCGAAGCCGAAGGCAGCUAAAGCACCCAAAACCAAGCCAGCGGCGUCUGCUAAGCCGAAAAAGGCGGUAAAGAAAGCAGCUGCCCCUGCUACAGCUAAGAAGCCGAAAGCAAAGACUACCGCUGCCAAGAAGUAAACUGUGAAAAAGUACAGUACCUGUACCUGGACGCUCACAGUCGCAAUUUAAGAUUUCGAAAUCUGAAAUUGAUUUAUACAAGCCCUUUUCAGGGCUACAAUGUUUGUUAACAAGAGAAAGAUUCUUUCGAUAUAGCAUUCAAAUUAUUUUAUAAAGCAAGAAUAUAGUGAUUGUGCUUUUUUGAAAGAACUGUAGCGGCGGAAUUACAUCUUUGAAAAUAGUUUAUUUAAUUCUUUUGACGCACGCAACCGCGGCUAAGUCGGCAAAUAAUGUAGCAUUCAGAAUCGAAUAAAUUUAUUUAUUUAUUUAAACUGGA